AUGUGGAGCAGCAGGAGCUCCUUCACCAGCCUCAUCAUCGGGGUGUUCGUGGUGUACGUGGUGCACACCUGUUGGGUGAUGUACGGGAUCGUUUACACUAAGCCGUGCGGCGGGGACAGCAACUGCAUCCAACCCUACCUGGCUCGGAGGCCCAAGCUGCAGCUGAGUGUGUAUACCACCACAAGGUCAAAUCUUGGUGCUGAGAAUAAUAUAGAUCUAGUUUUGAAUGUGGAAGAUUUCGAUAUUGAGACUAAAUUUGAACGGACAGUCAAUGUAUCUGUGCCAAAGAAAACAAGAAAUAAUGGCACAUUGUAUGCUUACAUAUUUCUUCAUCAUGCUGGGAUCUUGCCUUGGCAUGAUGGUAAGCAGGUGCAUAUGGUCAGUCCUCUCACUACAUACAUGGUUCCCAAACCAGAAGAAAUCAAUCUUCUCACAGGAGAAUCCGCUACCCAGCAAAUUGAAGCAGAAAAGAAACCAACAAAUGCCCUAGAUGAGCCAGUUUCUCACUGGAGAUCAAGGUUAACACUCAAUGUGAUGGUGGAUGACUUUGUCUUUGAUGGGUCCUCUCUCCCUGCUGAUGUUCAUAGAUACAUGAAGAUGGUUCAAUUAGGAAAAACAGUACAUUAUUUGCCCAUACUAUUUAUUGAUCAACUUAGCAACCGAGUAAAAGAUCUAAUGGUAAUAAAUCGUUCAACAACUGAACUACCUCUGACUGUGUCAUAUGACAAGAUAUCAUUAGGAAAGCUCCGUUUUUGGAUUCACAUGCAAGAUGCAGUAUAUUCCCUACAGCAGUUUGGAUUCUCAGAAAAGGAUGCAGAUGAAGUAAAAGGAAUUUUUGUAGAUACCAACUUGUAUUUCUUAGCUUUGACUUUCUUUGUAGCAGCAUUUCAUCUUCUUUUUGACUUUCUGGCUUUUAAAAAUGAUAUCAGCUUCUGGAAGAAAAAGAAGAAUAUGAUUGGAAUGUCUACUAAAGCAGUGCUCUGGCGAUGCUUCAGUACUGUGGUGAUAUUUCUUUUCCUUUUGGAUGAGCAGACAAGUUUAUUGGUGCUGAUCCCAGCAGGCAUUGGAGCAGUUAUUGAACUCUGGAAAGUGAAAAAGGCAUUGAAAAUGACCGUUCAGUGGAAAGGCCUGAGACCUAUAUUCCAGUUUGGAGCUUAUAAUGAAUCUGAAAGAAAAACUGAGGAAUAUGAUACUCAGGCUAUGAAAUAUUUGUCUUAUUUACUUUACCCUUUAUGUAUUGGAGGUGCAGCUUAUUCACUCCUAAAUGUCAAAUAUAAAAGCUGGUAUUCUUGGUUAAUCAACAGCUUUGUCAAUGGAGUAUAUGCUUUUGGCUUUCUCUUUAUGUUGCCCCAGCUGUUUGUGAAUUAUAAGAUGAAAUCUGUUGCACAUUUACCUUGGAAGGCAUUUACAUACAAAGCUUUUAAUACAUUCAUCGAUGAUAUCUUUGCUUUUAUCAUCACUAUGCCAACAUCACAUAGGCUGGCAUGUUUUAGGGAUGAUGUGGUAUUUCUUGUUUACCUUUACCAAAGAUGGCUUUAUCCUGUGGAUAAGAGCAGAGUUAAUGAGUAUGGAGAGUCUUAUGAAGAAAAACCCAAAAGAAAACCCCACAAAGAUUAAUCAUUGAAAUAACUCUAUAAGAAGCCACUUUUGGGACUGCCACUGGCUAUGUGUGUUGAAUUUUGAUUUUUCUUCUUUAAGCAAAAGAGUAAAGUUUGGAUUGUCAAGUAACUGAGUAUUUUUGGAAGCGUCUCAUGGAUUUUCAUGGACAUUUACAUCUUCUGCAUUGCCAAAAUAUUUGAAUAUUUCUCAUAGAUCUCUUGAUUUACUUAUUUAUCUUUGGAAAGAAGGCUGCCAAUAUUUAUACCAGCUAUCAGUCACUGCUAAGCAUUUACAACUUUUAUUUUCCAGAAAAGUUUAGACAUCAGUUUCAGUCACAAAGUUUUUUUCGUGUUUCUCUUGUCACACUUGAUGGUGCAUGACAGAUUCUGGCUUUGGAAUACCAACUGCUGAAACAGCACCCUGUGCCAGUGACUUAACAAAUAAUAACAUCAAAUAGGCCAGAUACUGUGAAACUCUAGCAGGGAUAAGUAGCAUUUCUGUAGGUUAAAUUAUGUCAGAACUUCCAUUAUAAUCAGGGAUAUUUUUAUUUUAGGAUUUAAAUCUGCACCUUACAUAAAUUCCAGAUAUCUAUAUGAAAUCAUUCCAUAUUGACACUUUAGGAUCAAAUAGCUUUCUCCCCCAUUUGGAUUAUAUCUUUGUUGUGUUAAAGCUGAAUGUAUGUGUGCAUUUUAAAAUUAAUUUUAAUGGCUAUUUUACUUUUCUUGAUCUGUUGUAAGAAAAGAAUCAUUCCAAUACUUAAAGUUUCAUUUUCCCCAAGAAAUUAAUAAAUAAUAUUGAUUCACUAUUC